AGCGCCCGGGGCAGGAGCCGGGCUGAGCCGUGUGCAGGCUGCAGGGGCGGAGGUUUUGCACUCGCUCUCGCCUGGCCAAGGAUAAAUAGGAGGCGGCUGCGAGUCCUGCCAAAGCUUCUUCCCGUCGCCCAACGCGUCCAACAGCAGGCACCCAGCCCAGCCAAACAUGGACUCUCAGGAUUGCCCUUGUGCCACAGGUGGCACCUGCACCUGCGGGGACAACUGCAAAUGCAAAAACUGCAAAUGCACAUCGUGCAAAAAAGGCUGCUGCUCCUGCUGUCCAGCUGGAUGUGCCAAGUGUGCACAGGGCUGCGUCUGCAAGGGGCCUCCCUCCGCCAAGUGCAGCUGCUGCAAAUAGGGGACCCCUGGCUGCACAUCUAGGGGUGAUGCACAUCUGGGGGGGCCAAAGAAGAAUAACCUUAUUGUGUAUGUUGGUUGUCUUUUUUUAUAUAUGUGUUCAGAUUUCUUUAGUGUUUGUCACUUUGACAUGUAAUAAGCUACCUAAAUAAAGUGAUAUGUAUAUAAAGGUC